CGAGCGUGGAGUAAAUGUGGAUUGAGUGAGAUCAGACCGGUGAAUAUGGCCAUCACGAUCUUGUAUAUAAGAUGUUGUUGGACCUCACUCUAUAUUCGCAUCAGUUCAGUACCAUUGUUUCAUUAUCUAAGUCCUUUUGUAUAAUUCCCUUCGGUCAAGAUGAGACUUCAAUCUGCGACCGCCCUCCAGGCUCUUGCUCUUUCUUCCACCGCAAUUGCAAAGCCCAUCUUUGGAAGGGCCCAGAAUGAGACCAAGAUCUAUGAUUUUGCUCAGUUGGAAUCAUCCCCAGAGCUAAAGUGGACACCCUGCUUUGAAGAUUUCACUUGCGCACGCUUAGAAGUGCCAUUGGACUACGAGGAUCUUGACGUUGGUACAACGGAUAUUGCAUUCAUCAAGUGGACUUCGAACAGUACCAAUGCCUCAUCCGCCCAUGAUAUCUUGCUCAACCCAGGCGGUCCAGGAGGAUCGGGUGUGCAGUUCUUGCGAUCAAGUCUCAACGAUAUGCUAUUGACUCUCGGUUUCGACAACAACCUUGUCGGCUUCGACCCAAGAGGUGUCAACAACUCUGGUCCGGAUCUAUCGUGCUUCCCUGGACAAACCGGAACUGCACGUCUUUACGAUGAUGACUUCAACACGGCAGUUGAUAUCAACUCCUCCUCAACCAUUACUGAUGCAUUUGCCCGUGCGGGCGCAUUCGGCGAGUGGUGCACUCAAGCACACUCUGGUCCCAAUGACACAGCAAAGUAUGCUAACACUGUCGCUACUGCAACCGAUAUGCUUCAUUACACCGAACUUGCAGCGGAAGCCCGUGGCGAGUCUGCCGAAGAUGCCGAGCUCUGGUACUACGGCGCCAGCUAUGGUACCAUCUUGGGCUCGACUGCUGCUGCAUUGUUCCCCGACCGCAUUGGACGUAUGAUUCUCGAUGGAGUCGUCGAUGCUGAAGACUACUAUCUCGGUGCUUGGAGCAACAACCUUGUCGACGGCGAUGCAGCCAUCUCAACCUUCUUCAAGUACUGCCACGAAGGCGGCAACACUUCCUGCGCCUUCUGGGACGAGAGCCCCGAGGCCAUCGAAGAGCGCUUCAACGCCGUCAUUGAAGACGUGAGACAGAACCCCAUCACCGUUUCCGACCCAACCUUCGUCAAAAAGCCUACCAUCAUCACCACCAGAGACCUCCACUCGGCACUCACCACCGUCCCAUACCAACCAUUGAUCCUAUUCCCCAUCCUCGGCCUGGUCAUGUCCCACCUCGAGCAGCGUAACGGCACCGUUCUCGCCCAAUUCCUCGGCUCAGCCGCACCUCAAGACCAGUGCGAGAACCCACCCACCUUCGAGGUCAGCGACGUCGAGCCCCGCUACUUCAUCGCCUGCAACGACGCCAACGGCCGCUACAACCUCAGCACCGUCGAGAAGUUCACCGAGCAAGUCGAGCAGCAAUUCGAGCUUUCCAAGUACAUGGGCGAGAGCUGGGCCGCUGGCACCUCCAUCAACUGCCGCAAGCUCGAGGUCUUCGCCCCGGACAGCCAGGUCUUCGAGGGCGUCCCCUCCGCAAACAAAACUAGCAACCCAAUCCUCUUCGUCGGAAACACUUACGACCCCGUCACCCCUCUCACCCACGCGAAGUCCAUGAGCAAGCGCUUUGCAGGCUCCGGCGUCCUCCAGCAGGACUCCGUCGGCCACUGCACUCUCGCCGCGCCGUCCAAGUGCACGUGGAAGGUUACGCAGAAGUACAUCUUGGACGCUACGUUGCCUGCGGAGGGCACGGUCUGCGAGCCUGAUGAGGUGCCUUUUGAGAAGCCGCUCGGUUCGAUCCUCGGCUCAGCCGACACGAAGAUCCUCAAGAAGAGGCAUCAUAUUCAGGCUGGUAAGAUGGGGUGGUAAGGGAUGUUUUAGGGGAGUUCUUCUUAAUGUAUAUUCGUAACUGUAUAUGACUUAAUGAUUGUGUUUACAUUGAUGGAAUGGGAUUUCCAUUGGCUAUAUAGACUAUAUUCUACUCAAC